GUAUAAAUAUCCUUGAGUUGUUGAGAGGGACUCAGAGACUUGAGGACCCUGACCUGAGAAACAAACAGACCAGAACAGAAAGAAGAGAGACAGACAGGCAGCAGCAAGAAAACAGACAGACUAAUCAGAGAAUAAGAACAAUAAUCUGCUGUAACACAUUGAGAAAAACAAGGAAAAGGAAGACAGUUGGGUGAGAACUAGGUGAAAAGAUAGAAGGGGCAAUUACCACAGCUAGAGAAAAGGAGAAGGGUUGAAACACAGAGUGGUGGAAGAGAGACCCUGAAGACAGAGAGUGUGAGAGAGCAGAAGAACCACGUCUAGUCUACAUCUGUGUGUGUAGCUGUUUGUAUCCACCAUGCGGCUGCUGCUUAGCGUGUGUGUGUUCUGUCUGCUGGGGUGCAGUGAGGGGCAGGACCGUGCCACUCUCUGGAGGGGGAACGACCACAGCGGGCGCUGCCAGUACACCUUCACCGUGCCCAGCCCCAGCGAGACCAGCUGCUCCCCUACAGUCUCCGGAGGACCAGAGAUGGAGGGGCUCAAGGCUAGACUCAGCCUGCUGGAGGUAUUGGUGGCCAGGCUGACUGGAGGGGAGAUAGGGGGUCCUGGGGCUGGGUCCCAGUCCCAGGCUGGUCUCCAGGAGGCUCUGACCCAGGCUAUGGGAGAGAGGAUCCUGCUGCAGGGAGAGAAAGAGCGUCUGGAGAGAGAUGUGGAGGGGCUUCAGAGGAGGAUGGAGGAGAUGAGGAGAGAGACGGAGAGACUGCAGAGCAGACCUUGCUACCCACAACCCCCUCUGUUGCCACCCAGCAUCCCACUACAGGACAGUGGUCUGCGACCUGCCGGAGGUGCUGGUGUUCUCUCUCACCUGGUUUCCAGACCUGGAAGACAAUGGGACACUGGCAGCCUGAGAGAUCCAGCAUGGCAGUAUGGUGGUAAUCCAGUGCUCCAGGAGUUGAAGGCUGAGGUGACUGAGAUUCCUGCUCCUAGUCCUGAGGGCCCAGAGGACAGUACAGGCUGUGGAGAGUUGAUAUCAAUAGGUGAGCCAGUGUCCCAUCGUAAGGCUGACAGUAUAGCUGGUAAGUACGGGGUGUGGAUGCAGGACCCAGAGGCUGUGGCGCCCUAUGGAGGGAAGAUGGUGUGGCGCAUUGAUACAGUGGGGUCAGAGGUCAGACAGCUCUUUGGUUACGAAGACAUGGAUCAGCUCUCUAAAGGCUUCCCCUCCAAGGUGUUGCUGUUGCCGGAGCCAGUGGAGAGUACUGGAGCAACUCUGUACCGCGGCUCUCUGUACUACCAGCGCCGCCGCAGCCGCACCCUGCUGAGGUACGACCUGGUGUCUGAGAGCAUCGCUUCCCGCCGAGACCUGCCCCACGCUGGCUUCCACGGCCAGUUCCCCUACUCCUGGGGCGGCUACACCGAUGUGGACCUGGGGGUGGACGAGCAGGGCCUGUGGGCCGUCUACAGCACCAACAAGGCUAAAGGAGCCAUCGUGGUGUCCCAGCUGGACCCACACAGCCUGGCGGUGAAGAGGAGCUGGGAGACCAGCAUCAGGAAGACCAGCGUGGCUAACGCCUUCGUCAUCUGUGGUCGUCUGUACACAGUGGCCAGCUACACGGCUCCCAACACCACCAUCAACUUUAUGUUUGACACAGCUACUGGCCAGGGGAAGGAGGUGGCGCUACCCUUCAGGAAUAAGUACCGCUACAACAGCAUGGUGGACUACAACCAUGCCCAGAGGAAGCUCUUCGCCUGGGACAACUUCCACAUCGUGUCCUACGAUGUCAGGCUGGGCCGCCAGUAGAGCUGAGGAGGCCUCUUCAUACAAACCAAAGACUUUCUAUGUCUGUCCUUCAAAGACUGACAGCUUUAGAGAAGCUAAUGUGGUGGUAAGUUGUUAGUGUUAUUCACCACCUUCAUCAAUGUAAAGGCCUAGUAGUUACCAUAACUGGCCACUAUAGUGAUUGAAAUUUAAAAUGAUUCUAGCAAAUUGCAUUAUGAAUGGAACCCCCUGCAGGUAUCUUGUUUCUGUGGAAAGGCAAUUGCUGUGGCACGGUCCACAAAUAUGUUUAUAGAGGAAUUCUUUUUCUACUGUUUGGUCAUCUGAGUAGUGCUUUUAUUGUAUUUCAUGUAUAGUUUUGAGAAGGGGAUUGGGGGCAAAGUCAACAUUAUCAAGUCUAAUGCUCUCACACAUCAGUGAUCAUACAAGGUCUAAUGUGUGUACUGUGUAUAAAACUAACUCCACCCAUCUGUCCUGUACAUAGUGCCUCUCCCCCCCCAGUAGGAAACAUUUUCAGAGACAAACUUGCUGCUCUCUAGCUCAGCAUGUAUUGAAAUAUUGCAUGUUCCUGUGCAUUGUACUUCUGUAUAUUAAAUGAUGUACAAAUUCAUACCAAUGUCUAAUAAAGAUGAUCUAUUCUAAA